UCCAGAGGGCACCUUCAUCUCAGACCUGGCUCACAUGCUGGUGGCAGCUGUGAGACACAGAAAUAAGGAACCAACUACAACAACAUGAGAUGCUUUCCUUGACUGUCCCCUCUUUUUUUACUCUCAUUCUUUGAUGCCCUGUUCUCUUCUCUUGUUUUUUCUGCUCCUCCCUGGCUGCUCACCUGCCUGCAGAGAGAGAAAAUCCAAGAUCACAGCCUCACGCAAACUCUUGUUGAAGAGUUUGAUGCUGGCCAAAGCCAAGGAGGAGUGGGAUCAGGAGAUUGUGGACAAGCAGGCAGAGAAGGAGAGGUACCUGUCUGAGCGGGUCACUCCACUGCACACCAGUGGGCUCUCCUUGAGCCAGCUCCAGGACCUGUGCAGGGAGCUGCACGAGAAGGUGGAAAUUGUGGAUGAGGAGAGAUACGACAUUGAAGCGAAAUGCAACCAUAACACCCGAGAGAUUAAAGAUCUGAAAAUCAAAGUUCUUGAUCUCCGAGGGAAGUUCAAGCGCCCUCCCCUGCGCCGGGUUCGUGUCUCGGCCGAUGCCAUGCUCAGGGCUCUGCUGGGCUCCAAGCACAAGGUGUCCAUGGAUCUCAGGGCCAACCUGAAGUCUGUCAAGAAGGAGGACACAGAGAAGGAACGCCCUGUGGAAGUGGGUGACUGGCGCAAGAAUGUGGAGGCCAUGUCGGGCAUGGAGGGGAGGAAGAAGAUGUUCGAUGCUGCCAAGUCCCCCACGGGGCAGUGAGAGGAGCAAUGGGAAGAAGACCAUCCCCAUCCCUGCUGCCAGCCUGCCCUUGCUGCUCCUCUGUCCCUUUGUGCCCUUCCCUGAAUUCCCACUGAGCUGAAACACAAGGACAAUGGUGUGGGAAGGAGACCUGAGCUUU